ACACUAAGUAGUGAAGUAAGGCCUCACAAUGUCAAAAUAGAUAGACAGAAUGUCUCGAGAUGAAAAACAAUUAGUUCCCAUUACUGGUAGAACAGAACUAGAUGGACUAAUCACAAACUCAGAGCGAGAGAAUGGUGCAUUUCUUGAUUAAUCUUUUUCUAAGAAGAUUUAAGGUCCCCUUAAUACGCUGGCUUAAUUAAAUUAGCAUUAAUACUCUCAAAGUGAAUCUGAUUUCUCUCAUCAAUCAUUUUAUAGUGAUGAAGAACCAUGGAAUAUUGAUUAUAUCACUAAUAAUCUAGACUCUGUAGAACGAGGUUUGAAUUGCGAUAAUUCCUCUAGUGUCGUUAUUGCUCUUAAAGCAUUAUUUGAACAAAUCCGAUUAUUAUUAAUCAAGAAUGUUAGUAGAAAAUAAUUUCUAUACAAAUAUACUGUAUUAGCAUUACGUUCAUUAUACAUCUUAGGAAAUGCAAUGAAACUUUAAGGUGAUUAUUAACAUGCAAUUUUAUAUUAUGAAAAUUGCUUAACUAAGUUUAAUAUUAAUGAACCAACUUUUAAGGGCAAACUAUUAAUUGAAGCAGGUAAAGUUUGUUUCAUUUCAAAAAACUUUUAGAAAUGUUAACAAUACUUUUAUGAUGCAUUAUUACAUUAUGAAUAACUUAAUUGGCGUCUUGACAUUGCCUAUGUUCUAACAUAGUUAUCAAGAUUAAAUGGAUGGUUGAGUAAUAAUAUGUGCAAUAAUUUAAGAAAAUCCGGAUGCAGCCAGUAAAUUGUGUUAUGAAAGCUUAGCUAUAUAUCGAGAUUAUCUACCUGAAGAGGAUGAACGUAUUGCUGAUACAUAUUUCAUAUUAGCUGAAUUAGCAUAUCUACGUAAAGAUUAUGAUGCAGCAUUUUAAUUUGCUGAAUAAUCUAUUCAAAUUUAUGAAAUCAAUAAUAAUAAAGAAAUUAAUACAAAUAAAGAAUCAAAUGGUACUCCUUAAGAAUUAAAACCAUAAUUAUCUCUUGUCUAUAAUUUAUUAGGUAUAUUAUAUGCUAAUACAAAUGAUUACAAAUAAGCAUAAAAAUAUUUUCAUGAUGCUUUUUAAUGUGUAAAAUAGGAAUCAUUAAAAGCAGCAUAAAUAUUAAUGAAUUGGGGAAUUAUGUAAGCAUUAGAAUGUAAUUCUGAAUUGGCAUAAAAAGGAAUUUUGAAAGCUAAAUAAAUAUCUUAAGCAUUCUAAAACAAAAGUGAUUUGUCCCAUAGAUUAGAAAGGAAUUACUAAGAAUUAUUAUAAUGA